AUGACUGUCAACAGAUUUGCCAUCGAGGCCAAUGCGAAAGCUGUCCAGAAGCAGUCUUCCACGAAAUCAGUUGCAACUGCGGUCGAACAGUUCUUCAGCCUCCCCAGCCUUGCGGCACGAGGUCUCCCGACUGCCGGUUCAACUGCCAGAGACGGCCCAGCUGUGGGCAUCCUCCUGUCGACCACCACUGCCAUCCGGAUGAUACGGCCUGUCCCAAAUGUCCUUUCUUGGUUGCUAAACUACUGCACACUUGCAGAAAGCUUUGCCACACCCCUGGCGAUUGUGAAGAUGCUCGCCAGACGGACGACUGUUGCGAGCAAACCUGCGGCAAGACCAAGCUGUUCUGUGAGCAUCCGUGCCAAAACACCUGCCAUGGACAUACUCACUGCAACGAAUCUGCCAGUUGCACGUCGAAAACCACUGUCAGCUGUCCAUGUGGCGUGCGUCAGCAGGAAGUCAGCGGCACUCAACAUCGACCCCUCAUCCCGAACCAAUGACCAUAUCCCAUACUCCGACAUCACCCUCAGACUCUUCAGGGAGAACCUUACGUGGGCCGAGACACAGGAGCGAGAGUUCCGGGUGUUUGCAAAGAGCCCAAACGAAGUCAGGAUGAGGUACAAGCCGAUGACAUCAAUCUACCGCCAGUUUCUGCACGUCCUGGCAGAGGACUACGGGUUGGAGAGCCAGAGCGAAGAUGUUGAGCCCUAUCGCUACGUCAUUGUCUCCAAGGGGCAGCGGUUUGUGUCUGCACCUAGCAAAACGCUGGCGCAAUGUGUCGCCAUCAAGGACUCUCGGGCAGCUGAGGUUACUGCCGUGCCUGCUUCCAGACCACAGACACCUCGGUUUGCACCAGCCGCAGACCCAUUUAACGGCUUUCUCCUUACGUCGCCUCGGUUUGGGCUCACGAGCGAAGAUGUAGCUACUACCUUGGAGAAUGACUUCAAGUCUCAACCCUCGUUGCGGUUCGCCAUUAGCUUCCUUCCAACAGACGAAGUCCUUCUCCGGGCCAGCGCACACUAUUCGGCCUUCCUAUCUCCCCCAGCCAUGGAGCAAGCCUUGGCCAAGCUCAAGCCUCGUCUUGCGAAGACGAUUGGGCAUCAAAGCCUCGCGGGAAACAUUCUGCUUUGUCACGUGGAUUCGAAAGAGCACGUUGCUCGGAGGGAGGAUUUAGCCAGGAAUGAUGCUUCGGGAUGGAGUGCUGUCGCAGGACGAGCAGCAGCCAAGUCGGACACGUCCACGCCAACGGAUGAUCCAACAGCCAAGGGCACAGGGCGGAAGCUCCUCGGUCUGCGCUGGAAGAAGAUGGAGCAGGAGAAAGGGAAGCCCUGGGACACGCUGGGCAGUGAUGUGGAAUGUUAA